UUUUGUCGUGGUCUGUAUAUGACGCAACAUUACUUUUGCUACUCAGUGCAAUUUAAACUUGCUUUUAUUGUGACGAAUACGUGUAUAAAACUCACCAUUGUAGUGAUGUUUGGGUGUGUCACUCAGUGGCACGGGUUGCGUCCAGCGUCCUUCAGCUGCCACCUGCGCCCCCUCUCAUGCUUCUCUACUGCGCGGAAAUGUGCUGGCCACGAAGCAGUAACCGUUGCCACUUCCUCUUUCCCCAGCGCCUGGCAGCCACCAUCUUCCUCGCCGACAUUCGGGGUUUGCCUGUCGCAGGCACCUCGUGUAGAUGGAAUCCUACAGUAUUUGUCCUUUUGUGUCUGGCUUCUUUCAGCAUCAUUUCUUGAAAGUUCAUGUUGGAGGAUGUGUCAGCAUCUUCUUUCUCUUUAGGGCUGAACUGAGCUCCUUUGUGUGGACAGACCCCUCUUGUCUGUCCUUUCAUCUGUGACGGACAGUGGGGUGGUUUCCCACUCGGACUGCUGUGAACUGUGCUGCGGUGAACGUUGGGGUGUAAAUAUGUGUUCAGUCCCUGUUUUCAGUUCCUUUGGGUGUAUCCCUUGGAGAGGAGCGCUGGAUCGUACGCUUUAGCUACUACCCAGCAGAAAAUUUGAUAGAGUACAAGUGGCCGCCCGACGAAACAGGAGAAUACUAUAUGCUUCAGGAGCAAGUCAGUGAAUAUUUGGGUGUGACCUCCUUUAAACGGAAAUAUCCAGAUUUAGAGCGACGAGAUUUGUCCCAUAAGGAGAAACUCUACCUGCGGGAGCUGAAUGUCAUCACGGAGACACAAUGUACUCUAGGUUUAACAGCACUGCGCAGUGAUGAAGUGAUUGAUUUAAUGAUAAAAGAAUAUCCAGCCAAACAUGCCGAGUACUCUGUUAUUUUGCAAGAAAAAGAGCGUCAGCGAAUUACAGACCAUUACAAAGAGUAUUCUCAAAUGCAACAACAGAACACUCAGAAAGUUGAAGCCAGCAAAGUGCCGGAGUACAUUAAGAAAGCUGCCAAGAAAGCAGCCGAAUUUAACAGCAACUUAAACCGGGAGCGCAUGGAAGAGCGAAGGGCUUACUUCGACCUGCAGACGCACGUCAUCCAGGUGCCUCAAGGGAAGUACAGAGUGUUGCCGACAGAGCGCACCAAGGUCAGCUCCUACCCGGUGGCCCUCAUCCCCGGACAGUUUCAGGAAUACUACAAAAGGUACUCCCCGGAUGAGCUGCGGUAUCUGCCACUCAACACCGCGCUCUACGAGCCCCCCCUGGACCCCGAGCUGCCGGCCCUCGACAGCGAUGGCGACUCGGACGAUGCUGAGGACGGUCGAGGCGACGAGAAACGGAAACACAAAGGGACUUCGGACAGCUCCUCCGGCAACGUGUCCGAGGGGGAAGGCCUUCCCGACGGCCAGGAGGAGCCUUUCCAAGGAAGACAGAGAUCCAAGGACAAAGCUGCUACUCCAAGAAAAGACGCUUCCAAACGUUCUGUUCUGUCCAAGUCAGUCCCUGGGUACAAGCCAAAGGUCAUUCCAAAUGCUCUAUGUGGAAUUUGUCUGAAGGGUAAGGAGUCCAACAAGAAAGGGAAGGCUGAAUCACUCAUACACUGCUCCCAGUGUGACAAUAGUGGCCAUCCUUCUUGCCUGGAUAUGACCAUGGAGCUUGUUUCUAUGAUUAAGACCUACCCAUGGCAAUGUAUGGAAUGUAAAACUUGCAUUAUAUGUGGACAACCCCACCAUGAAGAAGAAAUGAUGUUCUGUGAUGUGUGUGACAGAGGUUAUCAUACUUUUUGUGUGGGCCUUGGUGCUAUUCCAUCAGGUCGCUGGAUUUGUGACUGUUGUCAGCGAGCCCCCCCAACACCCAGGAAAGUGGGCAGAAGGGGGAAAAACAGCAAAGAGGGAUAAAAUAGUUUUUUGACCCAUUUGGUGCCAACGUAUUUACAUUCUCAAUUUUAUGCCAAUAAAAGAUUUCUGAAAUUAA